AUGUCCGGAUCGCCGCGCCCAUCAGACAAGAAAGAGCCCACAUUUACCAUAGUAGAUGGUGGUACCAACGAGUUCCAAUUGGCAAUAAGAGACAGAGGGGCAGGGAACCGUAGACGGUUAACAUGGGGGGUCCCUCAGACAAGGGGAGGCGCCCUUGCCGAAUGGAUAGACGCACAAACCGCGCGAGUGCCCGCUCUGCCCGUCCUCCUUCUGCAACGCCCUGCUGUAGUGGUGGUUUGUAAAUGA